UGCUAUGUCUUGGAAACCCCAAUCAUUGUUCGAAUCGGAGGGGAGCCUGGGGCGUUUACAGCAAUGCAUCUAGUUACGCGCAUGGCCAUGGCGGCCGUGAAUCAUUGCUACGGUUGUUCCAUCAGCGGUUGUCUCUGUCAUACUGUGCGGCUUUAUAACAUCAGCUUGGUGUUCCUUUCACCUUUUCUCUCCCCACUUCGGUCGAGUUGAUUCUCGUCUCGUUCCUACCCCUCGUUUCUUUCGUUCUUCUUCUUGUCUGCUCUUUGAGAGAGUUUCGCCUCUGCGAGGCAUUUUUUCUAAAUCACCCUUAAAUAUUUCGGCACGCCCAAUGGUUCACUUCCUCCAUUUCGUCCUGAGUGCUGUCCUCUCAAGCCGCGUCAUUUCAGUCCCUAUUCAAGACUCUUCAAUAAACGAGCCUGGCGUGAUCUCACCUAAUGGGACCCCCAUCACACUUUCUGAGCCUUCUCCUACGUUGACUAUGAUGCAUGGCAACAAGGAAAAUAUUCAUCUUCAGGAGAGUACAACCACCACAAUGAAGGACUGGACUUCUACCGUGAAAGAUAAUAAGAUGAAGUCCACGAUGAAGGGGUACAUCAGCACAUCUGCGUACCAAGCCACCAGUACCAUGUAUGGCUCCGGCUACAGUAAUUGGAAUUCGGGUUACAAUAAUUGCGUACAACAAUGCAUGGCCUCAUACGGCGCACCCUCAUCGACGUACACACCUCCUCCCUCUACUACGACGCAAAGCUCUGGCAACGGGAACGGUGGGCGGAAGACUCACACUGUCAUUGUAGCGCCAAAGCAAGGCGUUCUCCGCUUCGUUCCUUUCGCUCUCAAUGUCUCUGUUGGGGACACAGUCCAUUACCAAUGGAAUGCUGGUCCUCACACGGUCACCAAGUCUUCGGAACUUACUCCUUGCAACGCAUCCUUGGAUGCAACCUCCUUCAACUCUGGUCGCCGUAAUGCCAGCGCUACGUUUGAGAUCACCGCCAACGAUACAAACCCAUUGUUCUAUUACUGUGGAGUGCAGCCUCACUGCAUGAAGGGAAUGUUUGGCAUAAUCAACCCUCCAAACGCGGCAGGCCAGUCUAUGAGCGUUGGCCAGAUGAUGCCAUCUAUGGUUGCUAAUAACACCAACCUUGCUACAAUGUUGAUGUACACCAACCACAAGACUAUGGGCACUUCUGCAUAUAACUGGGGGAACAGUUUCGACAUGUCAGGCGUCCCCAAUUGGGCACAUGAGGAUGCACUCACGAACAUCAUGUACACACGUCUUCUCUUCGCCGCAAAUCCUGGGAUGAUGGAGCAGGGGGCAGGAGCCGCAAGUGUGAAUAGGGCCCCUAUCACUAUCCCAGCAGAUGUUAAUCUACUUGCAACCACCGACACCCGGUCCAAUGUCGGGAUGAGAAGAUCACCGCCGGCCCAACUGGUCCGUGCCUCAACAACAUCAUCGGCGUCAUCGAGUACUUCCACCCACACGCGGCAUGGUGGCGCAGGAAGCAAGGUCAUGGUUUCAGGCACAUUGAUCAGUAUUGUUUCAAUCUUUGCCAUGGUGAUUUCAUUAUAGGCUUUGUAUCCAGUCUUCGGUUUGUAGCCCUACUUCGAGCGUUCGCACCAUUGUAGUGAAUGUAAUUUAUUAUGCACCGG